CGUCAUCAUGUGCACAAGUCUCUCCGAGUUUGCAAAUAAAUGGCUCAAGAGCCUCCACAACAAAUAGCCGAGAGCCCACCACUCUCAUCAGUUCAAACUUGCGCAUCCGUCUCUCUGUCGGCUGAUCUCCGGUGGAAUGCGAUCUGGACGCAGUCCUCCGGUUUUGGCUCUUGAUUUUGCGAAGAUCUGAUGUUGCAUCUGAACUUCUGAUGAAUGCCUUAGAUUUGUUUUUUCUUUUCCUGGAAAUGGUUACUUCUGGUGCUGGCUUUCGGUGGUUCAUUUGUCCUGGUGAUCUCAAGAGCUAGUUGUGUUCAGUUGACUUAUCUUAUUGGGGAUUAAACCAAAAUGACCUCGAUCCUUAAUCAGACCGAGGUCCUUGGACACAUCCGAUGUGAAAGCUACUUCCUGUUUUCUGGAGAAACUGUUCUUUCAGAUGGUCUUCGUGCCGCCUUAUAUUUCCUCGGUCUUGGCUACUGCUUUGUCGGGUUGUCGGCCAUUACUGCAAGAUUCUUCCUGUCUAUGGAGAAUGUUGUUAAACAUUCACGUAAAGUGGUUGAGAUAGAUCCUGUUACUAAUUCUGAAACUGUCACGUACAAGAAAGUUUGGAAUUUUACGAUUGCAGACAUCAGUUUGUUGGCAUUUGGAACCAGCUUUCCUCAAAUAUCAUUGGCUACCAUUGAUGCAGUACGAAAUGUUGGGGAGCUGUACGCUGGAGGUCUCGGUCCUGGAACACUUGUUGGUUCUGCCGCAUUUGAUCUUUUCCCAAUCCAUGCUGUUUGUGUAUUAAUGCCAAAGGCUGGAGAAUUGAAAAAGAUAGCCGACUUAGGUGUUUGGCUGGUGGAGCUGUUUUGGUCUUUCUGGGCUUACAUCUGGCUCUACAUAAUCCUCGAGGUGUGGUCACCAAAGGUCAUUACACUUUGGGAGGCCUUAUUGACAGUACUGCAAUAUGGAUUGCUUUUGCUGCAUGCUUAUGCCCAAGACAAGCGUUGGCCUUACUUGUCUUUACCUAUUCCAAGAGGCGAUAGACCAGAUGAGUGGGUUCCAGAGGAGACUGAUCCAUCUAAAGAUGAUGACGAUGUUUAUGACGGGUAUUCUGAUAUCAUUCGAGCAGAGCCAGGAAACAGAAACAUUGUUGAUAUUUUCUCAAUUCAUUCAACCAACGAUACAGGGGUAAUCUAUCAUACUGUGUCAGAUGCUCCACCUGAAUCUUCUUAUGAACCUUCCCGCAAAAAGGCUAUUGCGAAGAAUUCUAAUGUUUUUGCCAUCUGGAAACAGCAGUUCAUGGACGCAUUCACGCUGGAAACAUCAGAAUCAAGGAAAGUGGACAGCAUAUAUCUAUGGAUUGGAAAACUGUUUUGGCAAUUGCUGCUUGCGCCUUGGAGAAUUCUAUUUGCGUUUGUGCCUCCUUGCCACAUUGCUCAUGGCUGGGUCGCCUUCAUCUGCUCCCUCAUGUUCAUCAGUGGAGUUGCUUACAUUGUAACUCUACUCACUGACCUUAUAAGCUGCGUCACCGGAAUAAAUCCAUAUGUGAUAGCAUUCACGGCAUUGGCCGCCGGAACUUCAUGGCCAGACUUGGUAGCAAGUAAAAUCGCCGCUGAGAGGCAACUAACUGCAGACUCAGCCAUUGCAAACAUCACUUGCAGCAACUCGGUGAACAUCUACGUAGGGAUAGGAGUGCCGUGGCUAAUAGACACAGUCUACAAUUAUUUCGCAUACAAUGAACCUCUCUACAUCCAGAACUCGAGAGGGCUAAGCUUCUCGCUUCUGAUGUUCUUCGCGACAUCGAUUGGGUGCAUCUCUGUUCUCGUGUUGAGACGAUUGAUUCUGGGAGCGGAGCUUGGUGGGCCCAGGGCCUGGGCAUGGAUCACUUCCCUCUAUUUCAUCCUCCUCUGGCUCGUCUUCGUUACCCUCUCCUCCCUCAAAGUUUCAGGCUUCAUCUAAAGUAAAAGCAGCUGCUCCACCUUUCCAAGGCCAAAUCUCUCUGCCUCUUUUCUCGGUGGUUUAGUUGUCGAUUAUCAUUUUGAUGUUUAUACCGAUGAAUACUUGUAAUUUAAUCAUUAUAUAUAUAUAUAUAUCAUAUACAUAAUACUUGAAUUUGCUA